AUGAGCGUGUGGGAGAAGCCGGACCAAGUCGCUUCCCGGGAGCAGCUCUACUACCCUUCGCCGUACGCCGGCAGCCGAGCCUCCGUGUACGCGGACGGGGCGCAGCAGCCGCAAGACACGUGGGCCCCGACGGGACGGCUUAGAGCCGGGCCUCUGGACGAGGGCGACGUCCAGGAAGACGAGCAGCAGGCCGACCUGCAGACGCAGCACACGUACGACGUGCCUUUCCUCAGGAGGCCGCCCAGUUCACAGACGCAGUUAAAUUCCCACGACGGCCUGAUAUCGUCGACGGAGCUGCUGUCAAACCAUAUAUACUCUAAGCCAGCCGUUGUGUACCUGCCUCCGGAGAACGGGAAGAGCCUACGGCACCAGCACCACGGGUCGUCGCACCUACCCAUGAGCAUCAUCGAAGGCUACCCCAGCGGUAACGUGUCCUACGUCUACUCCCGGCCCAAGAAGAAACACUGGAGCCAGCAGGACAGUCCUUACGCGGAACGCAAGCUCCACAAGCUCAACUCCAGGAGGUACUCCGACGAGAUGAAGCAAGGCGACAUGGUGUCCCGUGAAAGUGGGCUGGAUUUUGCGGUGGAGGCGUACGAACUCUCCGAAGCAGAGUGCGACAUGCCCUCGAGACAUUUUCCAGUGCAGAGAUAGGACCAAGUCAGCGACGGUUACGCGUCGAAUCGGCGAACAAGCCAGAUGCCGACGUCUGAAACGAAAUCAUGGCGGCCCCGUCGAAGCUACGCCGGUGCUUUGCUUCUCGUCAA